AGAGAGAGGGGAGAAAAGUAGAGCACUGAGAGGUUGGAGAACUGAGCGACAGCAGAGAAAUAGAGCAGUGGGAGGGACCUCCGGGUCAUUUCACAGAGACAGAAGGGGAAAGAGGUCAACAGAGUGAGUCUGGAACACUUUGUGCAGUUUCAGUUGUUUUGACUUUUCACAACUCUAUUACUUUCCUGGAAGUUAACUCAAAACCUUAUUAAGUAUGAUUAGAAACUAAAGUGUUUUAGCUGAAGAUUUUCAGCGAAAAUAGUAGAGAACUUGGUGAGUGGACAGGAGUGUGUAAGAGAGCGUGUGUGUCGGCUGUUUUGGCUCAGAUAUGGCCAUGGUGAGCGGGGGAUGGGGCAACCCUAACGGGGAGACCAACGGACUGGGUGGGGAGAAGGCUUACCUGCGUGGGGAUGAGGAGGGCUCGCCCCAGGCCGGGAGUGACGUGGAGGUCGGAGACGAGGACAAAGCGUGCGUGGUGGACUGUGUGGUGUGUGGGGACAAGUCCAGUGGUAAACACUACGGCGUGUUCACCUGCGAGGGCUGCAAGAGCUUCUUCAAAAGGAGCAUCAGAAGGAACCUCAACUACUCCUGCAGGUCGAAUCGAGAAUGCCAGAUAGACCAGCAUCACCGCAACCAGUGCCAAUACUGCCGUCUGAAGAAAUGCUUCCGUGUUGGUAUGCGCAAAGAAGCAGUCCAGCGUGGACGCAUCCCUCCAUCCCACUCAGGCAUCAGUCCCACUUCUCUGGUCGGCGGAGGAGGCGGUACUGGGGCCGGGCCAGUAGGGGGCGAAUUCUUCAAUGGCCAGCCUGUGUCUGAGCUCAUCUCCCAGCUGCUCCGUGCCGAACCCUACCCCAGCAGCCGCUACGCCCCCCAGUACGGCCAGCAGCAGCAGAUGCAAGGCGCUGGAGGAGGCUCCGUCAUGGGCAUCGACAACAUCUGCGAGCUGGCGGCGCGCCUCCUCUUCAGCACCAUCGAGUGGGCCAGGAACAUCCCUUACUUCCCUGAGCUGCCCGUCUCUGAGCAGGUGGCUCUGCUGAGGCUGAGCUGGAGCGAGCUGUUCAUCCUGAAUGCAGCUCAGUCUGCCCUGCCACUACACAUGGCUCCUCUGCUGGCCGCCGCCGGCUUCCACUCCUCGCCCAUGUCAGCAGAGAGGGUGGUGUCCUUCAUGGACCAGGUGAGGGUGUUCCAGGACCAGGUGGACAAGCUGACCCGGCUUCAGGUGGACUCAGCAGAGUACAGCUGCCUCAAGGCCAUCUCCCUCUUGUCUCCAGAUGCGUGCGGGCUGACAGACCCCGUCCACGUGGAGUCUCUGCAGGAGAAGGCCCAGGUGGCUCUGAUGGAGUACGAGAGGAUGCAGUAUCCGGGUCAGCCCCAGCGCUUCGGCCGUCUGCUCCUCCGCCUGCCUGCCCUCAGGGCCGUGCCAGCUAACCUCAUCUCCCAGCUGUUCUUUAUGCGCCUGGUUGGCAAGACGCCCAUCGAGACCCUCAUCAGGGACAUGCAGCUGUCUGGGAGCUCCAUUAGCUGGCCCUACGUCCCUGGGCAGUGAGGACAGGAGGCUGGGACACACAGGACCCUGGAGGAACCUACGUCCCUGGGCAGUGAGGACAGGAGGCUGGGACACACAGGACCCUGGAGGAACCUACGUCCCUGGGCAGUGAGGACAGGAGGCUGGGACACACAGGACUCUGGAGGAACCUACGUCCCUGGGCAGUGAGGACAGGAGGCUGGGACACACAGGACCCUGGAGGAACCUACGUCCCUGGGCAGUGAGGACAGGAGGCUGGGACACACAGGACCCUGGAGGAACCUACGUCCCUGGGCAGUGAGGACAGGAGGCUGGGACACACAGGACCCUGGAGGAACCUACGUCCCUGGGCAGUGAGGACAGGAGGCUGGGACACACAGGACCCUGGAGGAACCUGGAACCUAGAAUGAGAUGGAGAGGGAUUAGCCAGUGAUGUCAUAAAUGUCAAAAUUCUUGAGGACGUAGUACUUUAUUGCUACUCACUCACAGAGAGUCACACAUUGAGCUUCCAGUGAAUGCAGCUGGAACCAAACCAUUGGUAGUUUAGCUGUCCCGUGUGUAUUCCAAGGAAAUGAUACAUUUGUCUUGACCUCUCUAUAUGACCUCUCUACCACAGAACAGGGCUCUGGAACACAGAACAGGGCUCUGGAACACAGAACAGCGCUCUGAAACACAGAACUGGGCUCUGGAACACAGAACUGGGCAUUGGAACACAGAACAGGGCUCUGGAACACAGAACAGCGCUCUGAAACACAGAACUGGGCUCUGGAACACAGAACAGGGCUCUGGAACACAGAACAGCGCUCUGAAACACAGAACUGGGCUCUGGAACACAGAACUGGGCUCUGGAACACAGAACAGGGCUCUGGAACACAGAACAGCGCUCUGAAACACAGAACUGGGCUCUGGAACACAGAACAGGGCUCUGGAACACAGAACUGGGCUCUGAAACACAGAACUGGGCUCUGGAACACAGAACUGGGCUCUGGAACACAGAACAGAGCUCUGGAACACAUAACAGGGCUCUGAAACACAGAACAGGGCUCUGGAACACAGAACAGGGCUCUGGAACACAGAACUGGGCUCGGGAACACAGAACUGGGCUCGGGAACACAGAACAGGGCUCUGGAACACAGAACUGGGCUCGGGAACACAGAACUGGGCUCUGGGAACACAGAACAGGGCUCUGGAACACAGAACUGGGCUCUGGAACACAGAACAGGGCUCUGGAACACAGAACUGGGCUCUGAAACACAGAACUGGGCUCUGGAACACAGAACUGGGCUCUGGAACACAGAACAGGGCUCUGAAACACAGAACAGAGCUCUGGAACACAGAACAGGGCUCUGGAACACAGAACAGGGCUCUGGAACACAGAACUGGGCUCGGGAACACACACUGUAACUAAAGGCCCAGUGCCACUACUACCUCCAUCCCCAUGACCCCCAACGUGACCCUGUCUGACCCCAGGCUCUGUGUGGCUCUCUGGCUGCUGUGUUAGGCCCCUGGAUCUCAUAUGGGACCCUAUUCCCCAUAUUGCAUAGGGCUCUGGUAUACAAAAGUAGUGCACUAUAAAGGGAAUAGGGUGUGAUUUGAGAUUCAGCCAUAAGGAUUAUGAUGCCACAGUCAUGCCACAUACUGCCAUUGUAUGCUGUUUUGUCCUGAGCCCUGUAUGUAAAUCGUUGGGUUUGAUUUACAUUAAUGUUGAGCUUAUAGUGGAAAAUGUAAUGUAUACAUUAUGCAUAUGUGGUCAUGUAAAUCUUUGAAUGUUAUGCAAAUACAGGGCUCUCCCCAUAGUAUAAGCAAUAGCAUAAAUUCUACAGUACAUGCUAUGGUGCCGAACACUGGCACAAGCUAGCAGAGGUGAAUGUAUAUGAUAGAUAACCCCUCACACACAUCCUGAGUCCAACGAGUCACCCGUCUUAUACAUUAUUACCUCAAGUUUUAUACCAAUGACAGAGCUUGAAUAGUGGAUUACCUGAUCAUAGAACCCUUGUAUUCUUAAACGGAACUAAGAACCCUCCACGAUGUGAUCGAUGACAAACACAAAGGGAUCAAAGCAUCGUACACACCAGCAUUAUUUCAUUAGCCUGAAUGUAAACUAACUGUAGGGUCGACCCUUGUCAUAAGGCCUAUUGGAAGGCUAGGUGGAACCAUGACCAUAUUGUUUAGACCUGUCCAGUUCCUUCAGAUCUGGAACACUGAAGGGUAGGGGCUAGGGGAAAGGGGUUGCUUUCGGAUCAGACAUUUCAUGUGAUCGUCAUUCAAUGUAACUAAAGGUACUGACCCCUUUAAGGACUAAAGGGGUAUGCAGUGUAUUGACAGUUACACUGUGGUACAGUGUACAAGGUUAUGUGCAUACUCUUAGCGAUAUUGCCCUGGACUGCAAUACGAUGUGACUAUGCUUUUUUAGCCAAAUGACUUACUCAGAGUGGACAUAUGAACACUGAAAUCCAAUAAUCUGUUUUACUCUGAUGGGAUUUUGACUAGCGACUUGUGUAGUUCUACAUAAGAAUCAAAAUGUAAAGAAAAUUGCUAUUGCUGACCUUGGUUAUUUUUGCAUUACUAUAAAUAAAGUACCUUACUGUGGUU